AUGGUCAGCCAAGCUAAAAAGGAUCUCAGACAAUGAUAUACAUCACAGGAAGUGGAUGAAAGAGUCGCUGGUGGCUCACCAAACAAGGAGAAGGCGACUAAAUCCUCAGAAGGAAAUGGAAAGGCCGCCUUGUGUGACUGAAUUUGCAUAUUCAAAGCACUCCGAAGGGCUACCGACAAAGAAGAACGAACGCGUUUACAAAUGCCUUCUUCGCCAGCGGCCUCCUCAGCUAAUGGCAGCCGCCCAGCGGGUGUCCUCUGCACUCUGGGCCCAAGAGGCGGAGCUACUGCUCCGGCUAUCACGGUUGUGCAGGAUUUAUUCUAUCCGAAGUUCAGAAUACUGAAAAUCUGA